UUUGGGUACGUUUGACUCACACGGGCUUCCGUCCGUAUUCACACGUGACAACAGAAGGUCAGACAUGGCGUCUUGCACUAGUACAUUUGACAAAUGUCUUCUCUCGCUAAGGUUCUUACGACACCUACAACUACGGAAUGAACGUUUUCUGUCCACAUCCGUAUUCCGUCUCGCUGCGGAUGACAACAAGCCUCCAAAAUUCACCCCUCCACCUAAACCUGUCAUCAAAGAUAAAAAUCAGGCGGAUGUUUCCCAAAGAAAGUUUCUCAGCCCAGAGUUCAUCCCACCAAGACAGAGGACAGAUCCCUUCAAGUUUGCUAUAGAGAGAAAAGACAUGAUCCGCAGAAGGAAAGUGCUCAACAUCCCAGAAUUCUACACAGGGAGUAUCCUGGCCGUGACCAUGGCCGACCCAAAUGCCAGUGGAAAAUCAAACCGGUUUGUGGGCAUCUGUAUCCAGAGAGGUGGGAAAGGUCUGGGCGCUACAUUCGUACUGCGGAAUAUCAUUGACAACCAAGGUGUAGAGAUUUGCUACGAGCUCUACAGCCCUCGUAUCCAGAGCAUCGAGGUGCUGAAGCUGGAGAAAAGACUGGACGACAACCUGAUGUACCUGAGAGACGCUCUGCCUGAGUACAGCACCGUGGAUCCAAACAUGAAGCCCAUGCCUUUUCCUCUAGCUGAAGAGGUUCCUGUCAACCAGAUGAAGGUGAAGAUGCGUCCAAAACCCUGGUCCAAACGCUGGGAACGACCCAAGUACAACGUCAAGGGCAUCCGCUUUGACCUGCACCUGACCCCGGAGGAGAUGGAGCAUGCCCAGAAAUGGGCUCAGCCAUGGCUGGAGUAUGACAUGUUAAAGGAGUACGACACGUCCGAGCUGGAGGAGCAGAUCUUCAAGGAGGUGCAGGCAGAGAUGAAGUGAAGAUGAGGAGACCCAAGACCUAAAGGUUCUUCAUAGUAAUGAGAAAAGACUAAUCUGUGAUCUACAGACGACUCACCUGGAAGUUUAAACUGUCAUUGAUGUCUCGCAGUCAAAAGAAGUAAAUCCUAUUGUCCUCCAAAGAUGACUUCCACAGGUCUGUCUCACAAUGUGAGCUCCUCUCAUCAGUCUCUGACCUUUAAAACGUUUCAUUUUGUUUUUUGGGGGGCCGGGGGAUUACAUGCUUUUGUUAAUAAACACUUGAUCUACUA